AUGUCGGGAGAAGCCUGCCACUUCAAUGGGUCACCAGACCUUUAUGGGUUUGGCAUCAGACUCGGCAUUUACUUGCAGUGGACGGCUGCAUGGAUUGCGAAUAGCUGGGAGCUCGAGUCCGCUUUCAGCAUGCUUUGGACGAACGGCAUAUUCCUUGUUUCAACUUUUGCUGCAGUCCUCAGAGUUACUGCAACGCAUACCAUGAACGCAGCAGAGAUGAUUCCAUUGAUUAAUAUCCUUCUUUCAUAUUUCGCGACAGUAUUCCCUAUCAUUGGGUUGCGCUUAACAUUUCAGACAAGGAAGCCCCUUAUUCCUGUAACGUCUAUAAUGACUUUUCAAACCUUUGCUGUCUUCCUAAGCGUUGGCACCGCGUUGCAAUUCCUGAAUAUUUUGUUCUUCUUGUUGCGCACUUUGAAGGUUUCAUUCUUGCACGUGAAGCCGGAGACGUUCAAUCAACGGCAGUCGUCUUUCAACUUUACCGUCAAGUCGUGGAUCUAUCUCAACUUUUACCCCAUCAGUGAAAACGAUUUGAUGUCGUAUUGGGUUGACGAAACAGUGAAGCCGAUCUUGCCAUUGGUUAAUCAACAGCAAAUCCGAACAGUAUCACAAAUUUUCUAUGCUGUCAGCAUCUGUUCAGGUAUACUCGCCGUUGAACUCGGCAUCACCUGGAAUUCGUUGACUGGAGUGGGACCACAUGACAUCCUGUCCACGAGCCAGUUAAUCCCAUUCCUUGUUGGCUGUUUUAGUCUGUUCCAGGUCGUCUCUGAUUUGAGCUUGAAAAAGUACAAUGUUUUGGACCAAGAGGAAAUGAUGACCCAGGCAUCAGAGGCAGAAAAAUCUGGCUACACUCCAUAUGAGCCGGAAGAUGACACACAUCUCAAUCAACUUGUUCAGCGCUAUAGCCAGAACCUUGUCGUUGGUGAGGAGUCAAAUGCAAAUGGCAAGGAACGCGCAAAGCAGCAUAAUCGACUGGCCCUUGCACUUGGCUCUAGGUACGAACGACAUGGCUAUACUGCGGAUUUCGACGAAGCAAUUACCCAUUCAGCAAAGGCAAUCAGCCUAGACGAUGAAUCCAUGGAUUAUCAUAUGAAUAUGGGUGUUCUUCUUCGUGUUCGUUGGCAAAAGACGAACGAUCUUCAGGACUUGGACAAGGCGAUUGCUCGUCUCGAGUUCAUGAAGAGGAGGCAAGGUCUAACUCGUGCUGAGUUAGUCAAUAUCCUAGAUGACCUGAUUCGUUUAAAAAAGGAAAGAAGAACAGCAACUGACGAGGGACCAGACAGCCUCAUAGAGCCUAUGGAAGAGCUCUAUUCCCUGAUGUGGCACGAGUACUCUAGAAAGGCACCGGAUUGUUUGAUCCUCUCGGAGCUGUAUUGGGAAAAGUACGAGAAGGGAGUAGGGGAGGUGGUUGUACUGAAGAAGGCAAUCUUUUACGCGAAGGAAUCCGUCAAAGCCACCGGUGACAGCUUCUUGGACAAGGCAAUGAGACUGAACUCUUGGACGCAAAAAUUACUCGACAGCUACCGGUCGACAAGGAAGGGCAUCCUGUUAAAAAGAGCGAUCGAAUAUGAGAAAAGGGCGGAAUCCUCGCUGACAUAUGGCCAAUCUCAAGGAGCAGAUGAUUAUUAUUGGCUAGGCAAGCUCCUGGCAGAAUUGUACGAGAAGGAAAGGGACGGCCACAUAAUAAAAGAGGCUAUAAGACAGGAAGCUCUAUUUUCUACUCUCUAUCUCUAA